AUGGAGCUUAACAAGUCCGUCUUUCUCCUCCUUGUCUUCUCUUCUCUUCUAUCAUUCUUUGCUGAGGCCAUUUGUGUCCCUCGCAACGUCAGCAAUGGUCGUGCUAAUCCUGAUGCUACAGAGCGUGACUUUUCCCUAGGACCGGCCUUGUCUCUCUCAUCUUCAGCACCCACUACUCAAGCCCCAUUGCCCCCGCCAGCUUCCGCUUCCUCCCCUUCCCCAUCGGCUUCCUCCCCAUUACCACUUGAUUCACCACCUGAUUCUCAAACACAGUCACCAUCGAUAUUGCGGUCACCAUUCAAAAAUGCUGCACUGACGAAAAUAUGUGGCAUGACCGAUUACCCAGCAAAAUGUAUUGCCGCCAUUUCUCCUUUCCUAACCGGCGAAACUGAUCCCAUUUCAAUCCUUAAAAUUGGAAUGCAAGCUCUCCACAAAAAAAUUGAGGAAGCCAUUGCCGUUGCCACAAAACUAAACGAGGAUCCCUCUUCAUCAGCCGUGGUUAAGGACUCCCUGGACACAUGCUUGGAUUCUUUUGAUAACGCAAUUUCUGACCUCAAUGAUGCUUUGCUUGCAAUUUCCUCUCACGACAUCGGCAAACUGAGUACAAUGCUUAGUGCCACCAUAACAUAUCCUGACACAUGUGAGGAAGCCUUUGCUGAGCAACCAGAUCUCGCUUCGCCAAUGAAGGAGAUGGAUGACCAGCUGACUAAGAUCGGCCUUGUCUUUCGCAUCUUCAACACUAUUGAAUCCCCAUUGCCAUCGCCGUUUUCUUCCCAAGAGACAGAAUCCUCCCCAUUGCCAUCUCAGGUUUCUUCCACACAGCCAGUUCCAUCGCCACCUGAUUCUCCAACAAAUGCACCACCCACAUUGCCAUAUUCACCAUCCGUUAACCAUGCUGUUUUGUCGAAAAUAUGCGGCGUGACUAGAUUCCAAGCCGAGUGUCUUGCCACCAUUGCUCCUUAUCAAACUGGCGCAACUGAUCCCAUUUCAGUCAUUAAAAUGGGGAUACAAGCUCUUCACAAAGAUCUUGAGGAAGCCAGAGCCACGGCCACGAAACUAAGUCAGGAUACCUCUCUAUCAGCCAUGAUUAGGGAUUCUUUUGACAUAUGCGUAGAGUCUUAUGACGCUGCAAUCUCUGACCUCCAUGAUGCUCUGACUGCAAUUUCCUCUCACGACAUGGACAGACUGACUCGAAUGCUUGGUGCCGUAGCAUCCUAUCCUGAAAUAUGUCAGGACGCCUUUCUUGAGCAAGGUAAAGAAUCGCCAUUGAAGGCAGUUGAUCUGAAAUUGGAUAAGCUGGCUAGCAUCGCCGUGGACAUGACCAUAUUGCUCCCAGUAGUUAAAAUAAUUGAGUAA